AUGCCGUACGCCCUCUUCAGCAAGGCCUCGGGCGCGGUCCAGGCUGGCCUUAGUGCCGAGCUGCAGCGGGUGGCGUGCGACCUGCGCUCCUGCGUCGGAACGCUGCAGGCCGCCCGCGCCGGCGCCGCCGGCGCGCUGCAGGCCGACGCGGAGCGCGGCGACGCGGAGGGCCUGCGGAGGGCCACCGUGGGGCCUUCGGAGGGCCUCCACUGGGCCGCCGGAGGGCCUCCGGAGGGCCCGCGGAGGUCCGCCGCGCCGGCGGCCGCCGCGGUGCCCGCCGCCGCGCCGGCGGCCGAGGCGCGCCCGAGCGUCGCGCGCGCCGGCCGGCUCCGGGCCGGCGCGUGGCGGGGCGGCUACGGCCGCGCGGCGUUCACGGCCGACGCGCUUUGGACCUGCAGGGCCGAAGGGACACAGGCGAGCACGUCCGAGCCACGGGCCACGUCCGCGGGCGAGGGGACCAUGCGCCGCGCGGGGCCCCGGCCAAGGCUGCGGCUGCGGCGGCGGCGCGGCGGAGCCGCCGCGGCGGCGCCGCCAUGCGGCGUUCCCGUGCGGCUGCAGGACCUCCCGCCAGGAGUGCUGCAGCACGUCGCGGACUUCGGGCCGACGUUCCUGGGCCGCGUGCACUUCCGGCGGGCCUGCGCGUCCACGCAGCUGGUGGAGUGGCGGUGGGCCCCGCCCCUCUCCAUCUCGGAGGACCUGAGCGGCCUCGGGCUGGGGGACGUGGGCGCUUGCGCCGUGGCCGAGGCGCUGGCGCGCGGGGCGAGCGACGACGUCGUCCGCCUCCACGUCGGCAACAACGCCAUCGGCGACCGCGGGGCAGCGGCGCUCGCCGGCGCUCUGGCAGAGAGCAGGGCGCCCGUGCGGCGCGUGUACAUGGAGAACAACGAGGUCGGUCUGGUCGGGGCCAGGGCCAUGCUGGCUGCGAUCUCAUCCAGUGGAACGCUCAAGGAGGUGGACUUGCGCGGUAACCGGUUGAGCUCCGCUGGCAAGAGGGAGGUCAGGUACUCGCGCAAGGGGAAGCAGAUGUUCCUCGAUUGGGACCUGCCCUCCCCCACGUACAUGUCUGACACCCAGCCGCACAUCAACCCCAGGAUGCGUUGCAUCCUCUUCGACUGGCUGAUGGACGUGUUCGCCAGCUCCUUCCACACGCCGAUGCCGGACAAUUCAUUCAGUCCAUCGGAGAUGUUCCAGACCUUCAGCAUCGUAGACAGAUAUUUGAGCCGGCGACCAGUGGCGAGGGAGCAUUUCCAGCUCGUGGGUGCCGCUGGUGCGUUCGUGUCCGCGAGGCACGGCGAGCUCGGCGCCGACCGCGAGCCAGCGGCGCUCAAGAGCGUCAGGCGGCUGGUCCGGGUGAGCGACCACGCGUUCACGGACGAGGACCUCCUGAGGACGGCGGGGGACAUCCGGGAGGCGCUCGAGCACGAACUGGAUCAGCCCACGGUGGCACGCUGCCGGACACCCUCCUGCUGA